AAACUAACAAGUUCAUUCUUCCUGGUAGGAAGGGAAUCAAAUACUUAUUUAAUGUGAUAAAAUGCUGCUAAUUCAUUUGUUUAAAAUCAUACAAUGUGAUUUUCUGGAUUUCUUUAACAUUCUUUCUUUCACAGUUGAGUUGUACCUACCAUGAUAAUUACAGACUUCUCCACACUUUGUAAGUAAAUCAGCGCUGAAUUAAAUAUUCCCCCACUGUAUAUGAGGUUGUCCCAUGAAAAAUUUCCCAAAUUCUCUAUGCAAAUGUAAAAGUGUUGUUUUUGGUUUCAUACCUGAAUUGGAUGUUUAACGCAAUUUAACUACUAACUAAUCCCAACUAACUUCAAAAAAUAAUAAUUUAACAAACACCUCAGUAGUGCCUGUCAAUGGAAAAAAAAAACAAUCAACAGGUAUGAGGCUUUAGAAAUCUGAAAUUUUUUUUGUGAACGUUUACUUUGGUCUUGGUCACUUUUAGCUUCAGCAUCCAGAACCUACUAAUCAGGAUUUAUGCAAAACGAGGACACAGAGAGCUAUCUAUUGCAGGUGGGGUAUUAACUACUUAUUUUGACAGAAUCUCAAUUUACAAAUCCUGAUCUAUCCCUUUAAGCCAAAAUCAGCCCAUUAGCACAGACGGGGAGGAAAGUGGGCUGGGUUUUAUUUUAAUUAUCACCAGCUUUUUUUCUCUAGUCUCUAAUUACGCAGGAGAUCAGUUUGAACAUUUUUAUAGGUAGUUAAGGACUGCUAAGUAUUUCCUUGCAGGUUGGGCUCAUGCUGAGAUCCCGCCAUCUAGAUGAUGAGUGAGACUGGAGUUUACAGUAAAUCUGCGCCCAUCCAUUUCAGCCGCAGCUGUCUUGGCAGGAGCUCAGUGCUGUUUUAGGAUGCAGGAUGUAUAUUUCAGUUGCAGCGGGUGAAAAAUGGCUCUUGAUUUGAGCCGUCAACAUCUCCCACAAAAAUAAAUCAGCCCACUCUUCUUCCCUCUCACACUUAAGGGGGAGUCCUGCUCAGUGUGAGAUGAUCUAAUGCAUUUGAAUUUAGUGAGAACGAGGCUGCGCUGUGAGGCUGCAGUGGCUGAUAAUUUAUUUAUAAAACUGAGUGUGACAGUAAACCGACCAGAGGGAAUAAUGUCAGCGCAUAUCUAAAUGCAUGCAGAAAUGACUGCCGCUACACAAAUGGAGAAAUCUUCUCAAACGUAGAUCUGUGUUUGUGUCUGUGCAGCAGCGUUACAUAAGUCAGCAGUGCAGGUUUUAUGCUGCAUUGACAGUACAACUGAAUCAAAUCCUUUACUCUCAGAGAGUAUUGUGCUCAUGUGAGAGCAUUGAUACAUAUCUGAGCAGACGGACAGGAAGCAGUAAGCUGCUUAGCCCUGCGCUGACUCAGUAUCCAAGCUAUUUCUCUGCUCCCUAUAAGAGAGAAGCUUCAAUCAACAUUUUUUACCUAGACUCAGCCAGCUGGAAUAAAUUCUGUUUAUUACUUAAGUGGAGAUCACCUCAGAUCCCAGACCAGCGAAAUCAGCUAAGAAGUCAUGGAAAGUUAACGACGCUAACGAGGAGAGCUGUGUGUCACCGAGAAGGCAUUUACUUUCUUACUGAAACAAUAUGUCAGCGUUUUAAAGGUGUAACAUUGACAUUUAAUCCAUGUUUAAAACUGCCAAUAAACCAAAUAGCGUUUUAUUAUAUUAAAAGAAACAUUCUAUACAACUUUUUAUGUGAAUUUGAUUUCUUUAUCUCUGCAGCUGCUGUCAAAACUUCAAUGAUCCACAGCCCUUCAGCGGCUAUGAUUGGUUCUAAAGGUGCAUUGCUAAGCUAAUCCAAUUUCUGCCCAGCUUCCAGUUACGUGGCGCGUAUUCAUGGUGCAGUCAAAGGGAGAUACCUGCUCAGAAUGAAAGGACUACUAUUCUGUGUUUUUGCCAUCAUGAUGCUCACACCUGCUCAAGGUGAGGAAGAGGAGCAGCUGAUGGAGCUGGAGGGACUGGAACCAGAGGAAUUGUACCUGGAGUGUUUCCGCUGUGAUCUGGGCUUCUGGGACGCCUGCUACACGACAGAAACCAACUGCAGCCGCGGGGACCUCUGCUACACGGGCCGAGGGAAGGCAGCUGAUUCUCUGGAAGUAAAGACGUUGGGCUGUGCGAAGGCCGAGGAGUGUAAUGUGAAGACAACGGUGGCGCUUUUUUUAAAUAAUACAAUCUUUGUUAUGACCAAAUCCUGCUGUGACACCCCUUUCUGCAACUCUGCACAAGAAUUACCCAUAUACACAGUUUUUCAUAUCACUUUGGCCAGUUUAGCCAUCACUCACAUCACUAAAGCCUUGGUUGGAUAAAAAACAUAAAUACUUUUAUUCAGUUUUGUUGUUGAAAAAACACAAUUUAUGCAGCUUCAAGCAAAGACACAGCCAGAUUUACAAAAUGUUUGUACUGAGUAAUCAAUAAGUAAACACUAGAUAUAAGUAACACAAACCAUGUACAUUUAUACAGAAAUUCCUUCACAAAAUAAACAAUGUGCUUGAACUGCUUUUUUUACAUCAAUAAAUAUCUUAUUGUUAUUAACAUAAAACUCUGUAAA